GAACAUAUGUAGAUGGCGACAAAGUUCACGUUCAAUCUGAUUUCAAAUUUGUAAGAGACUGCCACCCAAAACUGUAGCUGCCGCAGUGUACAACCACCCUCUCUUCUCGGUCUACACCCCCAUAAUUUUCUUCUGGGUUCGAUCCAGCUUUCAUUGUAUCACCUACUCUCAACCGAUCUCCAUCAUUCUCGUGUUUCCUUUCGUUUUAGCGCCAUGAAAACUAAUCAACCAAAGCUCAAGACCCAACUCUUCUCUUGUGGCUUUUUUCGCCAUUGCACUCAAACCGUUCUUAGCCCCACCAGUACUCCUCACCCUCAAACCUUUCCUCUCUCGUCCUCUGAUCUGCCGCUGCCGCCACCACCACAACUCCACCCCGCACCUCGCCGUCCCUCAGUGCCAGAAUCCUCGUCAUCUUCUUCAUCCUCUUCAACCUCCCAAAGCUUCACUCAGUGGAGGUUCCAACUCCCACACUCGCCCAUCCUCCCCAGCCCACCCCCCGUGUCGGAACCCAUGCCCGAGGGCACCCUCCCAUCCGACCCUGUUUCCCUACCACCACCCAUUACCUCCUCCGAGCUACAGGAACUCUUCCACAUAGCGGAGCUACAACUAAGCACCGGCUCUGAUCAGGACCGGUUCGCUGCUCUCCAACUCUUGGAGCGCUCACUCGUUCCCAACCCGCCAUCGGACCCGGAAUGCUCGCCCGAACUCAUGGGCGGAGUGGUGGGAAGUUUGAAAACCCAUGCGGGUGCAAAACCCGCGACGAAGAUACUACUAGCGCUCUGCUUGGCGGAGGGCAACCGCCACGUGGCGGUUGAGGCCGGGGCGGUGUCUGCGGUAGUGGAGGCUGUGCCGGAGCUGGACGAUGCGGCGGCUGAGAGAGCGCUGGCGGCUCUGGAGCUGAUGUGCACGGUGCCAGAGGGAGCGGCGGAGGUUCGGGCCCACGCACUGGCGGUGCCGGUGAUGGUGGCCGUGAUGGGGAGAAUGGCGGCGCGCGCCAAGGAGUACGCGAUUAGCGUGCUGGCCGUGAUCUACGGGGGCGAGGGGUCGGAGGAACGGCCGGCGCCAGCGGAGGAGGUGGCGCGUGCAGUGGCGUUGGCGUUGAGAGGCGAUUGUAGUGCGAGGGGAAGGAGGAAGGGGGCCCAGCUCUUGAAGGCGCUAGAAGUUGAAGAUAACUAUGGGGCGGUCUAGUUUUGUCUGUAAUGGUCAAAGAAAGGGUCAUGACUCAUGACCACUUGGUCUAUUACUAUUUCAUCCUCUCAUAAUUUGACUUUUAUCGAUGGUUUCUUUUCAGUUUAUUAAACUGUCACGCCAUCUUUCAAA